UGCAAUAUUACCCAACAGUACCUUAUUGAAUAUUUGUUUCAUCCCCCCAUUAUACGCUGCUACUCCCUUUAUUCUAUUGCACAAUACUAUGUCACUUCCUAGAAUCGCCUGCACUGAUAGUUAAGUUAUUUAUUCUCCAGGAUAUAGUUAUAAAUAUUACUUCGUUAGUGCAAGGCAUAGUAUCAAAUAACUUUCUUACUGUAUAUCACUGUGCACUACUAUUCAUCUGUUCCUCUGGCUCUCCUGCUGCUUUGAGCAUGUACAUGACAAAAGAAUUUCCCUCAGGAUGUAGCAUAGGAUAAAGUUAUUGUUAUUCUUAUUAUAUAUGCGCGUGCCACCGCUGUGGCGUGUGGCAGUGAGCGGGUUAAAGCGGACGGUGUGACCGUCCUAUCAGUGCUGCCCGGUUUAGUCCCAGCCCACCGCCUCCUGCCUCUGGAGAGCAGAUAGCUGGAGCUCGUGUGGGUGGGUGUUUCUCAGGACACACUCCCACGAUAAACACUCCGCUGUCCUCUAGACUUGUUGCUGCUUUAUUUUUUCCCUCCCCGGUUGUACGGUUUGUUUCCGGGCUCUUGUGGAUAUUCUAACUUUACCGGAGCUGGUUCGUUUGUGUUUUGUUGCCAUUAUUAUUUUUGCCUCUGUUUGGGGUUACGCUGCGUCGCGUGCUGUGGAUUCCACCGGCGAUAAUAAGCGAAAGCACCGGGAGACACCGAGCACGACGAGGAUCCGUGACUUUGUGGAGCCGCUCGUCUCUGCUUGGACUCACUGUGAGGACAAGACUCCAAAAACUCACUGUCGCUCGCCAAGAAAUAAUCAGUCACAUAACUCCAACUUGUCUUGUUUACACUUCGGUUUUCUCUGGAUUACACAGAAGAAGAAGCGUUUUUGUUUUUCCCCGCUCUCCCCAACUUUGGGACGGACCUGCCUCAAGUUUCUAAUAGCGGGUGGAAGCAGCAGCAUGACACGGACGUGCAGAUGUUAAAAUAUAACUUCAGUUAUAUCAUUGAAAGCCCGAUUGCAGUCAGAGCUGUCGGGGGAUUAACGGAGCACGGUCAAGUCAAAAUUGGGACAGUUGUGUGGUGUAGGUGCAGUUUUAGUUGGUGCGCAGCUGUUUGCUUCCAUUUGUUUAUGUAGCGGCAGUUUGCUCUAAUUUAAGCUGAUUUAUUUAGCAAAAUGGUAAAUGGCCUGUAUUUGUAUAGCGCUUUGACUUAGUCCCUAAGGACCCCAAAGCACUUUGCACGUUCAGUCAUCCACCCAUUCACACACUGGUGACGGCAGCUACAUUGUAGCCACGCCCGCCCUGGGCACGCACGCCCGCCCUGGGCUGCACUGACAGAGGCGAUGCAAAGAUGAUCCCAGCUGGCCCAUAUGGGAUGAGCUCCCUUGUAACAGGAAGAAACCUCCAGUAGGACCAGGGUUCGGGGAAGGGCAGCCGUUGGAUUAAAGAGGAGUGACGGUGUCCGUGACCGGCCCGCUGGGAGAGGACGAUGGCCCUGAGCGAUGGAAUCGGCGACCCUCUGGCCCUCAGCAACGGUGGGCAGCAUCCUCUCAGCGGACACGCACCUUCAAACAUCAGGACAGCAGUCAGCAGUGGCCAGGACCCUCUCACAUGCGACCCUGCUAGUGACUGUCUGACAGCAGGAGGAGAUGAAGACGCAGCAUCAAAGCUGCAGCAGCAGCCACACACUAUUCAGCGAGUGAACAGAGCGAGCCAGAACGGUGGCGUGCUCAAACAGAAUGGUUCCCUGAGGAGUCUUCCCCCAGCAUCGGCCGCCUCUUCUUCUCCUGCCGUCGCCGUCAGAAGCCACCUUCCCUCCGCUGUGCCCCCGUCCUCUUCCUCUGCUGCGCUCUGCUGCCAGCACUGUCACUUCCCCUCCGCUGUGUGCUGCCCUUGUGGCCGGCAGGAGUGCCCGCUCUUCCAGAAUCCAGGUCCAGGUCCCGGCUCUGUUCCCCACCCAGGGACCGGUUCAUCCUGCCCGUGCUGCCUCUCUGCCUGCACGUACCCUCACCCUCAUUCUCUUCACCACCACCAUCAGCAGCGCUGGCAGGAACACCUUCAGAGCCAGACACAAGCACCAGGGAUCAGCCCUUCGAUGCCUUUUCGAUUUCCCAGAAGCUAUGCUGAGCUAAUAGCUGAUUGGCCAGUGGUGGUGCUGGGUGUGUGCACGGUGCUUAUUGUGAUCUGUGCCCUGGUGGGCAUACUUGUGCCUGACCUGCCGGAUUUCUCUGACCCACUGCUCGGCUUCGAGCCACGGGGAACAGCCAUUGGCCAGCGACUAGUCACAUGGAACAAUAUGGUGAAGAACACGGGCUAUAAAGCCACACUGGCCAAUUAUCCAUUCAAAUAUGCAGAUGAGCAGGCCAAAAUUCACCAAGAGCCCAGGCGGCCCAAAGACCACUUUGACAGAGACAAACGGCAAGCUGAGUGGGACUUCAGUAAAGAGUUCUUCUGUGAUGUGCCAGGUGACAGUUAUUCUAGAGUGGUGUUCUCGUCAGCUGAAGGGAAGAACCUGUGGAGUAUUCAGGCCAUCAAAUCCAUGUGCAAUCUGGACAACGCAAGAGUGCGUUCCCACCGGGACUACUGGAAUCUUUGUCAGCGCACCAAUGCUGACUCCUGCUGCCCCAGCUGGACGCUAGGUAACUACAUCGCUGUCCUCAACAACAGGUCAUCCUGCCAGAAGAUUACAGAACGAGACGUAUCGCACACACUCAAGAUCCUGCGCUCGUGUGCCAAAUACUAUCAUAACGGCACUCUGGGACCCGACUGCUGGGACAUGACCCUGCGGCGGAAAGACCAGCUAAAGUGUGCCAGUGUACCCCGCAAGUGUACAAAAUACAACGCCAUCUACCAGAUCUUUCACUUUCUGGUAGACAAAGACUUCCUGAGUCCCAAGAGCCUGGAGUAUCCUCCGCCUGUGCUCAAGUACAGCAUGCUCUUUUCCCCCACGGAGAAAGGCGAGUCUAUGAUGAACAUUUACCUGGACAAUUUCGAGAACUGGAACGCCUCCGAUGGCAUCACCACGGUCACAGGGAUCGAGUUUGGCAUUAAACACGACCUCUUUCAGGACUACCUCCUCACAGACACGGUGUAUCCUGCCAUAGCCAUAGUGAUAGUCCUGCUGGUCAUGUGCGUGUACACGCGGUCAGUUUUCAUCACACUCAUGACAAUAAUAGCCAUCAUCAGCUCGCUGAUUGUGUCAUACUUUCUCUACCGAAUGGUUUUCGACUUUGAGUUCUUCCCCUUCAUGAACCUCACAGCCCUCAUCAUCCUGGUAGGUAUCGGUGCAGAUGACGCCUUUGUGCUUUGUGACGUGUGGAACUACACUAAGUUCGAUAAGCCUCACGCUGAGCUGGCAGAGACGGUCGGCGUGACCCUCCAACACGCGGCCCUCUCUAUGUUUGUCACCAGCUUCACCACUGCUGCUGCUUUUUAUGCCAACUAUGUCAGCAACAUCACUGCCAUUCGCUGCUUUGGAGUCUACGCUGGCACUGCCAUAUUGGUCAACUAUAUUUUAAUGGUGACAUGGCUGCCCGCCGUGGUGGUGCUACAUGAACGCUACCUGCCGAACAUGUUCCUCUGCGCUAAGCCUCAGCACCAGCAGACAGGUUGUUGCACGCAGAUGUUCUGGGCCGGUCUUUGCCAAAAGGCCAACAAAUGCCUCUUCACAUUUUCGGAGGUGUCGAGGAUAUUCUUUGAGAAGGUGCUGCCCUGCAUCGUCAUCAAGCUCCGCUACCUCUGGCUCUUCUGGUUUCUUGCCAUGACCGUGGGCGGGGCCUAUGUGGUUUGUGUAAACCCAAAGAUGAAGCUCCCCUCCUUGGAGCUGGCAGAGUUUCAGGUCUUCAGAUCUUCUCACCCAUUUGAGCGCUAUGAUGCAGAGUACAAAAAGCUUUUCAUGUUUGAGAGAGUCCAUCAUGGCGAGGACCUCCACAUGCCCAUUACCAUCAUCUGGGGGGUGACCCCUGUGGAUAAUGGUGAUCCCCUGAACCCCAAAAACAAAGGAAAGCUGAUGCUGGAUAGCAGUUUCAACAUUGCCAGUCCAGCAUCUCAGGUCUGGAUCCUCAACUUCUGCCAGAAAAUGAGAAACCAGAGCUUCGUCUUUCAGUCCGAAGAGCAGGACUUCACCAGCUGCUUCAUCGAGACGUUCAAACAGUGGAUGGAGAACCAGGACUGCGAUGAGGCCUCUGUCUACCCUUGCUGCAGUCAGUCCAUCUUCCCAUACAAACAGGAUGUCUUUGAGUUGUGUAUCAAAAGAGCCAUCAUGGAGCUGGAUCGAAGUACUAACUACCACCUUGACAGCAAGACCCCUGGACCUCGAUUUGACAUCAACGACACCAUCAGAGCCAUUGUUUUAGAGUUCCAGAGCACCUUCCUCUUCACAUUGGCCUAUGAGAAGAUGUACCAGUUCUACCGUGAGGUGGAUGCCUGGAUUGAGGAGGAGCUUCGCUAUGCCCCAGCAGGCCUCAGCUAUGGCUGGUUUGUGAGCAACCUGGAGUUUUAUGACCUCCAGGACAGCCUGUCAGAUGGGACUCUGAUUGCUAUGGCGCUGUCAGUGGCUGUUGCUUUCAGCGUCAUGCUCCUGACCACCUGGAAUUUCAUCAUCAGCCUGUAUGCCAUCCUGUCCAUUGCAGGGACCAUAUUUGUCACAGUGGGCUCUCUGGUGCUUCUGGGCUGGGAGCUCAAUGUCUUGGAGUCUGUGACCAUUUCAGUGGCGGUCGGACUGUCCGUGGACUUUGCUGUCCACUACGGCGUGGCCUACCGACUUGCCCCAGAGCCGGACCGUGAGGGAAAGGUGAUAUUUUCCCUCAGUCGGAUGGGUUCUGCUAUUGCAAUGGCAGCACUAACCACCUUUGUUGCCGGCGCAAUGAUGAUGCCGUCAACUGUCCUGGCCUACACGCAGCUGGGCAUGUUCAUGAUGCUGAUCAUGUGCAUCAGCUGGGCCUUUGCCACCUUCUUUUUUCAGUGCAUGUGCCGCUGCCUGGGGCCCCAGGGCACCUGUGGCCAGAUACCGCUGCCCAAAAAACUGCAGUGUCAGUCCUUCACCGAAACCACAUCCAGCAGCCCCUCGCCCCAGGGGAAGAGUUCUGGUCUGGCGAAAUACCAGCUGGACUGCAAGGGCGGUGAGGUGGAACAUUAUGAGCUGGAGCCUUUAGCAUCCAGUCAAAAAACUGAGGAUAAACUGCACGAAGGGCAUGAUUCCAGCACUCAGCUUUAUAACAGAAUUCCUCCUCACCACCACGCUGCUCCUUUUUCAAACAUUCAUUACUCGAACACAGAAGCCGGUGAAAGAGGAUCUGAGAAUGGGCACGUAGCCACGCUGAGCACACCGUGCAGGUGCCAGUACUCGCAAAACACCAACUGCACAUGUGGGGAUCCUCAUCUGCUUCAGCAGUGGAACCCACAUUCCUGUGCGCCGGAUUCUCGCUCCUGCCCUCCAACCUCUCAGCUCUUCCCCCUCUCAGGAAGCCCCCUCAGCAAACAAAACGCGACCCUUUUACCAACAAACCUGGACCCAGUCUACACACACGUGGAGUGCUGUAUGCACUACUUCCACUGUCCACUCACUCAUUUCCACCACUGCUCACAGGGGAGAUUGGUGACCCCCAGGCAAGGAGCUCCCCACACCUGUCACUUCAGGAAGCACUGUGUUCAUACUGCGGCCCUGCAGGCAGCCUCAGUAGGAGACCAGAGAUUCACAAGCCCAAAGCAGGACGCUGGCCCGGAUCCAGGACCAGGACCUGGCUCUGAUUCUGAGACUGCUGGAGAAGUCGUAGUUCAUAGGCAUGAAAUGUCAUUACCUGACAGUAGCCAAAAUAUCAGCACCACAGCACAGCCUCAAAGCCCCUCCCCCUCAGCAGGCUCCUUACACAAAAGCUGCCAUGAAUGUGCAACGGACACCAGCCGUUAUCGUGGUGAUAACCACACACCCACCACAAGAACUGAAACAGCAAUGCACAUGGAUGUUUGUGAAGUCCCUGGCAACCAGGACAAGCCUGACAGUAUUCCCGUCACACGGGAAGAGAUCAUUAAGACAUGCAAGCGGAACUCAAAAAGAGAGCGGGCGGCCUCUGCCUCUCCAAAGAAACUCAACUGUUUUAACAGGACGUUGAAAGUGAAAUGCAAUUCAGCGUCAGACGUGCCAAAAAGCGAAGCCAGCGUGCCUCCUAUUGCAAUAAGCACCACUAAUCCCUCUUCUGAAAGCUUAUGCUGACAAUAAGUGAAGUCAGUAUCACAAACCAAAAGUCCAAGAAAUGUUGUGCAAUCGUACAAGGUGUGGGAUGUGUUGACCAAGUGCCUCGGUGUGUUUCAUGAAGCACGGACUCACUACAUGUAUUCAGUUUACAGUUUUCUUUUUGUACUCACCAGCGUUUCAGAUGUGAUUGUUGUUUUUCUAACAGUGAAACAAACACUACUGAUGAAGCUGCGUCAUCACUGUGGGAGACGAAUGGUUGUUUUUUUAUUUUUCAAACCGGCGUCGCCAACAAAUGUUUUUAAGUUGUGUGUUAAAUACGCAGCAGCCAGUCGCACCGACAUGAAAUCGCGCCGCCUCUGUUGCUUUGUGUCUAUCACUUCUUUGUAUGUGCUGGAGUCCGUGUUAACUUCCCAGUGUACUCUUGUUGCCACAUGCCUCAGAUAAAAGCUGUGCUGUGUGAUUAAAGUGUCGUUUUUAAGAAACAAAAA